AAUAAAGAGCGAGAAGGGGAGACAGCGCAGUGCUGGGUGGGAGGGGGAAUGAGUGAGAGCGAGAGAGAGAGAGUGAGGGAGAGAGAGAGAGAGGGAGAGAGAGGGAGAGACAGGAAGCAUGCCACAGCCACUGAGCCAGAGACGCAGGGAGGGAAAGCGAGCGAGAGGAAGACAGAGAGGCCAUGAGCAACAGAGAGGGCAACAGGGUGAAGCUGUAAGGACGACAGCGUGCUAAGACGGAGAGUGAGGGGGGAGGACCGGGAAGAGAAAUAGAGAAAAAAACAAAGGGAUACAAUCAGAAACAGGCUUGGACAGGAAAAAGGGGAGCGAGUGGGUGGGGGUCUGAGGAGAAAUAAGCGGAAGAAAGUUUUCGAGAGACAGGAAAAGAGCGGGAGAGAGAGAAGUCAAUGAGAAAAACUUUCCAUGUGAAUGGCAAGGGCGGGAAGCUGGAGGGAAAAAAGUUAAUUAUUUAAGGAUUCUUCCUCUGUGGCUGCUGGACUGCUUCCAUCAUGUUCUCAGACACCAGAGCUCCUGGGGAGCACAGAGGCUAUCAGCACAGCAACCCUCAUCUCAACCUCUGGCUCCACAAUAGAUUCAGGGCCCACCACAGCGACAUGGGACUCAAUGGGCAGCGCAGGCGGACUGAUGCCAACCUUACCUAUCCCAACAGAGCCAAAGAGGUAGGCUUUAAAUCACAAGAGGUGAUCAACACUAUACAUGGGAAGGAAAGGAUGGGUCCCCAUUUGAAUGGACUGGGACUGGAGGAGCCAGAUUUAAGUAGCCAAGAGGGCAGUCCUUCCAGGUGGAGCCAAGGCCAGUCUCCAGAGCCAGGCCUGAGACACAGCGCGUCUGUCAGGAACCACUACACAGAACACUCCUUUGUUUGGAACCACCGGCAGACGUUACCACACCCCUCAGUCAAGAACUACGUGAUGGCCCCUGCCCCCGCUCCGCCAAAACAGUUCAAAGGUCAAGACGGCUGUAAAGUGCCUGUUUGUUUGGAGGACCAGCUAUGGGGUUACCCCAGACAGACCUGUCAGAGAAACAUUCAUAAAUCCAGCUGGGUGGAUUCAGCCACAGCCACACAGGACUUACCCAUUCACCAGAGUUUCAGUUCCACCUUGAGUUCCACCCAAAAAAAAGUCAGAAACAGCCAUAGACACUUGACUAGACCAGUAGGUGGACCAGAGACCAGAAGAGACCAGAAAGACUUGACUAAACCUGUAGGUGGACCAGAGACCAGAAGAGACCAGAAAGACUUGACUAAACCUGUAGGUGGACCAGAGACCAGAAGAGACCAGAAAGACUUGACUAAACCUGUGGAGGGUUACAAUGGACCCAGCUCUCUGCAUGAGGUCAUAUUCUCCACAGAGGUUCCUCAGAGAAACAUGGGAGGUCCCACUCUCAGAUCCCAGCAGAGUCCCAGUAAGCACUGUCCCACCCCAGAGGAUGUCCAGACCAGGCCCCCCAGCGGCCACCAGGGCUCCAGGAGAGGGCCAGGGCUGACUGGGUCGAAGAGGAGCCACCGGAAGGUGGUCCGGGAUCAGAUCCGGAGAGUGGUGGAGAACCUGGAGGAGGUUCUAGGAGGCCUGAAGGACAUCCAUCAGGAGAUGAAGGAGGUGGUGCAGCAGAUUGAGCUGCUGACCUCGUCCAUUGACCUGAGUGAAGGGGAUGCCAGCCCCAGCCUGCCCAGUGACAGCAGCUCCACCUCCAGUGGAGUUGCGAUGGGCAGCAGCCACCAGAGGCCCAGGGGUGAGGAGGCCAGGCAGGGGGAUGCAGCUCUCUCCUCCCUCAUCAGGACUAACUCACCCCAGCGUCACAACCCUGCCUCCAGCCCGCUCCGCCUCCCCCACCAACUUGCUCCCAACCCUCAUAGGAGUAGCCCUGUUCGCCCUCCCACCCCUGGUCUGUCCCCCCUCAGUACCAACCCACCUCACCCCAACACCCAUGAUCCAUCAGUCAAGAGCAAGAGUUUGCAUUACCCCCUCAACCCUGCCUCUAACUCUACUCUCUUUCACACCCUUGGGCUUUCUCCCCAUAAAAAAAGUCCCCCUCCUCACCCCUCUGCUCUUGGUCCAUCUGUCACCGUAGAGACCCAAACAGGGCCACCCAUGAGGGCGCCUCGCCCUGUCAGCCCACCCAGAGGCCUUAAGACCCAGACCAGGGUGGAGGGAGUGAGGACAACAUCUGCUAAAUCACUGGGGCUAACCCAGGGCCAGACGGUCCCACACGGCCCAGGGAGAGUUCCAGGGCCCAAGGGCCGCAAGCCUCCUCCUUACCCGCACAAUGGGCACUUUGAUCGGGGAGCGAGUAAAGGCAAGGACCCCAGGAAGGCUCCCCCGUAUCCUGUGAAGAGAAGACUGCUCUCGACCACGGUGUGAGAGGGAGGUGGUUGGAUGAAUGGAGCAACAGCCACAGAGCUGAGGGAGCAGAGGGUGAUUUAAGGCUCGCCAACUUGAGCAGAGUCCACGUUUCCAAGGUGAUGAGAGGCGUCUCGGGAGGACAGUGCCGUCAGGAGGAGAGGUUGAACGGUUCUGUUCUGACAGCAUCUGUCUGAGGCUUUGUCCUUGCGAGGGAGGAUGUUCAAGAAGAGGCCUGUGGGAGAGCAGUGUAUGUGCUGUGAUGUACAAAGCCUCCUCGCCUGACAGACUCCUCAGAACACUGUUUCCCUGUAUGGUGUUUUGGUACCCACUGGCGGGUUGCCAUUGAUUUGUGUGAAGAUGUGGUAAGAAACUGGGUCAUGACUACAAACAUUGGUCUAGUUUAGUUAGUAGAUCAGAGGGAGAUAUCAAAAACGUAUAGUGGAUGGGUCACAGCACAAACCGGUUUGGGAACCACUGCCUUAGAACUCUGUGUGCAACUUACAGUGAGGGAAAAAAGUAUUUGAUCCCCUGCUGAUU